AUGGCGGCGGAAAACAUCGACGACGCUCCGCUGCCCAAGGCGCGCGACGACUCUCGCCUGCAGAAGCCCCAGCAGACCAUCGAGCCGGACUCGGACGACGAUGAAGACGACGAUGACACGGCCGACGACGAUGUUGACGAGGAACCCAAGCUCAAGUACAGUCGCCUCACCAGAGACUUGGGCCCCAUAUACCGCAAUGGCGACGCGACAGCCACCUUUAUGGUCGCUGGAGACAAGAUGAUUAUAGGCACCCACAAUGGAAACAUUCCCUUUGUGCCCUCCGCCUCGGACCUGAGGUCUGCCGACCAGGCAAAUGCUUCCUCUCGACGAACCGACUCACCAGCCGGUAACACGUCGUCUCCUCGCGCACCCCGCCAAGCCCAAGUCCCGCCCACGCCCUCAAACCAGAUAUACAUUGCUUCCUCGUCCAUAGACGGACAUGUCUGUGUGUCUUCGCUCGUUGACCCAAAGGAUGUUACGUUGCGCAAUUUCGGCCGUCCAGUGCAAGCCGUAGCCCUCUCGCCCGACUACAAAAAUGAUCGCUCGUAUUUGUCUGGUGGACUGGCUGGUGAGUUGAUCCACACCGUUGGUGGACCCAUAGGUGUGCGAUCCAACGCCAACACCAGCGCGGCAUCGCAGGCUGCACAUGGGUGGCUCGGCGCAAUAGGCCUCGGUGGACAUGGAGGCAGGGACACCAUUUUGCAUUCGGGUGAAGGUACCAUCACUGCCAUUAAGUGGUCUCUGUCCGGCAAGUUUUUGGCCUGGGCAAACGAACAUGGCGUGCGCCUCAUGCGAACGGACUUGCACCUGGACAGCGCAGAUUCAGACGAUGCCUGGAAGAGAAUCGGCAUCAUCGAAAAACCAAACCGCCGCGUAUGGCAAGACAUGGCCAGCGUAUGGAAACCGCGAAUCGAAUGGAUUGACGACCAGUCGCUCGAGUCCGAUGACGAUGCUAUCAUGAGAUGGGGAGAUACCGCUUGGAUCGUUCACGUGCGCCCUGGAGGAGCUGGUGUUGGCCGCAAUGUGGGUGAGAGAUCGGUUGGAACCGCCGAUGUCAUCCGCUGCAUUCAUUUCGACGACUGUAUUGUUUCUGGCAUUUCGCUUUAUACCCCUUCUUUACUUCUUGUUCUUGCAUACCGAACGCGCGAUGACGACGAUAACCCCGUAUCUGGCCCGGAUACCACUCCCCGUGGAGGAAGACAGCGUCGCACAAACGGUCUCUCUCCAGAACUCAAACUCAUAGAUGCUGCGACCUCUGAUGAGGUUGAAGUCGACUCUUUAACCGUCAGCAGAUAUGAAAGCCUUUCAGCGGCUGAUUACCACUUGGGCACUCUAUACGUCCCACAUCCGAAGACGAUGACUCCUGCGCAAAGAAGCGCACUGGAGGCUAUCGGCGGAGGGAUAUGGGAUGUUGGCGCGAGCGCAGCACGUAUAUUUAGUUCUGGAGCCAGUGUCAUGAAUCUUCAAAUCGGCUCCGACAAACCACCAUCGAGAGCGCCAUCCAUGUCUUCGGCCAGUGUUGGGAAUAUUUCUGGUUCAACACCUACCAAGCGCCAGCAACCGGUACAUCCAAAUGCUGCCAGCGCGGGUCUAAAGGUUUUCAUACAAAGUCCAUAUGACUGUGUAUUGGCAGUUAAGCGAGAGCUUUCGGAUCAUUUCCAAUGGGAGUUGGAACAUGAAAACUACAAAGAUGCAUGGGAGCUGCUAGAGGAUCACCCUGAGAUUAUCUCGUCAAUCGUACAGAUCCCAUCAGACGCCUCUGAUACUGGUACACCAGUAAACAAACAAGGAAGCUUACACGAGUUCUUCGCUGAUGACGAUUCUCAAACAACAUUAUCUGCCACCAGGGCCAAUCAGAACUCGGCGGUAGAGAAAGAGAAGCGCAAAAUUGGAGAUUUAUGGGUACAGCAACUCGUCAGUGCGGGCGACUGGAAACAAGCAGGCAAGGUGGCGGGACGUGUACUUGGGACUUCCGCGCGAUGGGAACACUGGGUGUGGAAAUUUGCCCAAACGAACCAUUUCAACGAGAUUUCGCCGUACGUCCCUAAGAAACCGAUACAACCGCCACUACCUUCCAUGGUAUACGAAGUAAUUCUUGGGCACUACAUCAUUCAUGACCGCGUACGCUUCAAGCAUCUGCUUGAAGAUUGGGAUCCUGAUCUAUUUGACAUUAAUAGUGUCAUCGAGGCUAUCAAGAGCAAACUCUCUGCUGGCGAUGUUACUGAGGAGUCUAUCGAAGGAGAUGUGCAAGGAAGAGAUUGGCGAAUAUUGCAAGAUGGCUUGGCGAAGUUGUUCCUGGCAAGUGGUCGGCAGAGAGAGGCACUGCGCUGCUAUAUCCGCCUGCAGAAUUCAGAAGCGGCCAUGACUCUGAUUCGCGACUUCCAUCUUGUGGAAGCUGUCCGUGAUGAUAUCCCUGGAUUCAUCAUGAUGGGUGUCUCCAAAGAGUUGAUGAAGUCAGCGUCAACAAAGCUGGAGGAGUUGGAAGAGGCAUCGGCGGAAGCCAUUAAUGUCCUUGUCGAGGAGGGUUGCCGAGGCAGCAUUCCAGCAAGUGAUGUCGAGAGUCAACUGCAGGCCAAGGGACCGUCGUUCAGACCCUUUUUACACUUCUAUUUGCGGAAGCUUUGGAAGCCGGAGAUGCAUGAACGCACUGCUAAGACAGCUAAAGAACGAGUAGCUGAAGAUCGUUUGGUAGCCGAUGGCAAGCUUGUUGCUGAGGAGUUUGCAGACCUUAUGGUCGAGCUAUUUGCAGAGUAUGACCGACCGCUGCUGAUGGAGUACCUCCGCAAAUCCCAGAGCUACGAUCUGAGCAAGGCUACUGCAGAAUGCGAGAGGAGAGAGUAUAUUCCAGAACUUGUACAUAUCCUCUCCAAAACGGGUCAAACGAAGCGUGCUCUGUACCUCAUCAUUGAGAAGCUCUCCGAUGUUAGCUUUGCCAUCUCUUUCGCCAAGGAACAGGACGACCCCGACCUCUGGAACGAUCUGCUGGAAUACUCCAUGGACAAGCCGCAUUUUAUCCGCGGUCUUCUCGAAGAAGUCGGCACGGCAAUUGACCCAAUCAAACUCGUACGCCGCAUUCCUGAAGGUCUCGAGAUAGAAGGCCUGCGAGACGGUAUCGGCCGUAUGGUUCGCGAGUAUGAGAUUCAAUAUUCCAUCUCCGAAGGCGUUGCAAGAGUGUUACGUGGAGAAGUAGCAGCCGGUAUGGAUACAUUACGCUCUGGCCAGAAACGCGGUGUUAAAUUUGAAGUUAUACCCUGUGACGGUGGAUUCUCCGGAAAACAGGCAAGGCAUCACCACGUCAAGGGGCAAAUCGAUAUCGAAACCAAAGGAAUGGAUCCCGCGACUGCCGCCAAGCUCACUGCCAAAGCAGACAAAUCAACAAAAGCCGUAAACACAGCCAAUGCACCAGCCAUUGAUCCUACUCCACCUGGCCCACCAGAAGGCGACGCUCCGCCAGGCCACUGCGUCGGUUGCCACUGUCCAUUUACUCUCCCCACAGUUGAAGAAGAAUCCGCCAUCACUGACGGAACCACCCCAUUACCACCCUCCCGCGACACACUCGUCGGCUUCGCAUGCGGUCACGUCUUCCACCUCGCAUGUCUCCUGCCAAAGACAAAUGCAAGCGCAAGCGUUGCGGCGGGACUACAGCAGCAGCUUGCAAACGAUGCCCAAGAGAGCGGCGGUAGAUGGACACGCAGUGUGGGUGCAAAGGUGGCACAUGCGCAUGUUAUCAAGAAGGCGGUGGGUAGGGGGUGUGUCGUUUGCAGGGAAAGGGAGGUUGUGGGUACAGAGUAAUAAGAGUGUGAAAUGUGUUGGAUGGGAGAAGGGAAGGAAGAGGUAGGUGUAUAUACGAGGUAGUAGUUUUAUGCAGAUUAUGGACCUGAGUUUAGGAUAAGUUGUCUGAUAUACCCAGUGGUGUGUAUGUGUAUGCAAAGAAUGAGGGAAUGACGCGGUGUGGUAAUAAAUGUUUUUGUAAUAUCAGCUAUGCCAAAUUGCUGUAUCUG